UUUCGCGUGAGGGAAGGUAUAUAAGGUUGGGGAUUCGGACCGAAAGAUCACUGCAGUUGCUUGACUCAUUCUUCUGAACCCAAUUUAGCCACAACCGAAAACCGAGCUAAAAUGGCAUUCGCCGGUGUUCUGAAAGAUGCGGACAUCACUGCAGCCCUCGAGGCAUGCAAAGCCGCCGACUCUUUCAACUACAAAGCAUUCUUCGCAAAGGUUGGCCUGGCCACAAAAUCUGCUGAUGACAUCAAGAAGGCCUUCAACAUCAUUGACCAGGACAAGAGCGGCUUCAUUGAGGAGGAUGAGCUGAAACUGUUCCUGCAGAACUUCUCCAAAACUGCAAGAGCGCUGACUGACAAAGAGACAAAGGCUUUCCUCCACGCAGGCGACACCGACGGCGACGGCAAAAUCGGCAUAGAUGAGUUCGCUGCCGUGGUUAAGGCAUAAACAGCAACAGACCAGCACAUCUUGCUUCGAAAGGAACAACAUUGCCCAAGACCUCCCCUUUUCAUCUGAAUAUAAAUAAUUUUUAUACAUUUGCUUACGACAUGCCUGCAGAAUGUUUAAUACCAUGCAGCACACUGUUCAAAGUGGUGAUUGUGAAUGUAGCGCGGUUGUGUUUCAUGUCUUAAAUAUGAAUUUUGCUUAUUGUAAAAUCUAUGAUGCACUUUUCGGAAACGGAACGAUAAGAAAAGAAUAAACAUUCUUUUGCAAUAGAAA